AUGCAGACUGCUUCUACAAACAUUUGUGAAAGAAUGGGUCGCUCUCAGGAGCUCAGUGAAUUCAAGCGUGGUACUGUGAUAGGUUGCCACCUGUGCAAUAAGUCCAUCUGUGAAAUUUCCUUGCUACUAAAUAUUCCACAGUCAACUGUUAGUGGUGUUAUAACAAAGUGGAAGCAACUGAGAACAACAGCAACUCAGCCACAAAGUAAGCAGGGUCAGCGCAUGCUGGAGUGCACAGUGCGCAGAAGUCACCAAAUGUCUGCAGGGUCAAUAGCUAAAGACCUCCAAACUUCCUGUGGCCUUCAGAUUAGUACAACAGUGCAUAGAGAACUUCAUGGAAUGAAUUUCCAUGGCUGA